GGCAUUGGAGGUCAUGAUCUCCAUUUAAAAAUUUAUUGGCUCUUAAUGGAUAACUUGACAAAAAUUAUAUUGUUAAAAAAUUAAAUGUGUAUUUUAAUGUUACCUAACACUACAUUGAUUAAUUUGCAUGAAAGUCAUGUACUGUUUAGUUAGAGACUGAGAAAAAGUACUGAGUAAUGUUAUGACUUAUGAGGUUAAGAAUAAUACAUUCAAUCGGUUCUUGUUUUAAGAAUAUUUAAUAUUUUGCCACUUUCGCAGCUUCCCCAGAAUUAAACUGUAAACAUGGCAUCAUUGCCGAGAAGGAUCAUUAAAGAAACACAGAGAUUGAUGCAGGAGCCUGUUCCUGGCAUCAGUGCAGUACCAGAUGAAACCAAUGCCCGGUAUUUCCAUGUUAUUGUCACCGGGCCAGAGGAUUCACCCUUUGAAGGUGGUCUGUUUAAACUAGAAUUGUUUUUACCAGAAGAUUAUCCAAUGAGCGCACCUAAAGUUAGGUUUAUUACUAAAAUUUAUCAUCCGAAUAUUGACAGGCUUGGAAGAAUUUGCUUAGACAUACUGAAAGACAAAUGGAGUCCAGCUCUACAGAUAAGAACAGUUUUGCUUUCUAUACAAGCACUGUUGAGUGCACCAAAUCCUGAUGAUCCUCUAGCUAACGAUGUUGCUGAAUUAUGGAAGGUAAAUGAAAGCGAAGCUAUUCGAAAUGCCAAAGAGUGGACCCGUAGAUACGCAAUGGACAACUGAUCUCAGCCUUGUCGUUAUUAUCCAGCAUCCAACGUGUUGUUGCUGUUGUUGUUAUUGUCAUCCUCAGCAAGUUCGACAAUUAUCAGCGACUUAAUAUUGCAAUUAACCUGGCACGUUGGUCUUCUACCAUAUUCACCACCCGUGGACACUAUUUUGCUAUGCAAAUAAAGAUAAAUUUUUUAAGACAAAGAAUUAAAACAAUAAACAAUGCAUUAUGUAAUAAAAACAAAUCCAACAGAAGCUGAAGUAACAAAUAAUCUAAUAUAUAUAUUUAAGGCUGUACUUUAAAGGCAGCAAGUGAUGAUUUUGCAACAAAAUUUAUAUAAAUAAUCGUUUGUUGUUUUCGUCCAAUGCCCUAUUUUUUGCUAGUUUAGAUUAAAAAUUUAUUAAGCAACCGGGAUUAAAAAAUUUAUUAGUUUUUUUUUUUUUAUAAAAAAAAAUUCCAUGCAGUAAAAAUUGAUACACUAUUUUUAUUUAUCAAUUACAUUGUUGUGCAAUGUAUCAAAUGUUUUGGUAUAUAUUUUUAUCAAUAUAUUUUUUUCUUUCAUGUUUGAUUGGCAGUAAUACAGCUUUACUCCGGAUUACUCAACUCUGCGACAUACUGUACUCCACUAAAAUAAUUGAAUAACUUUAAAAAAAAAAAAACUUUACUCAACGUUAACUUUACUCAGUACCAAUUGUAGUCAAUGAUUUCUCGACUCAAUAGUAUAUUAGAAGUGUUGACGCGCUUUUAAAAAUCUCUAUCCAAUUUUUUUUUUGUUUAAUAAUAUUUUAUUCGGCAAAAACAAAACUGUACUCAAAAUUUCUCAGCUGUGUGCAAUUUGUACUCCAAUAAAAUAAUUUAAUAAAUUGAAAAAAAAAAUUUUUACUGUAGACGGAAAGAACAAGAUGAUACUGGAUAUCAUUCUAGAUUAUACUGAGUGAAAAAAAAUUUCAGAUAGUAGCUAGUAUAAUUCAGAUUACAGUGUAUACUCUAGAUUACAGUGAGUAUAAUCUGGAUUUUUCUAGCUACUACCUGACAUUUUUUUUCACCUUAGUUAUCACUGAAUAUAAUCUGAGAUGAUAUCCAGUGUCAUCUUGUUCUUUCCGUGUAUAUGGAUAUAUAAAUUAUAUAUAAUUGAGUAAAGUUGACAUUGAAUAGUUUGUAAAACAAUAGAGUUUUAUUUUUUAAAAAUAAAAUUAUUGAGUAAAGUUUUUUUUUUAAUUUAUUUAAAGUAAAAAUAUUAUUAAAAAAAAAAAAAAUUGAAUGAGAUUUUUAAAAGCGCGUCAACACUUCUAAUAUACUCUUGAGUCAAAAUAGCAUUGAAUACAGUUAGUACUGAGUAAAGUUAGUACCGAGUAAGGUAAAGGACCCAGUUAUUGACACUUGCAAUUUUACUCUAAUUAAAAAAAUAAAAUGUUCUUAAAAAAUCAAUUAUCUUAAAAUUUAUAAUUCAAAAAUUAUAUCUAUUAAUUUAUUAAAGUCGAU